GAGGGUGUGUGUGGAGAAGGGAUGGUGUGUGUCCAGCCCUGCCCUGUCCGUGUUUAGUGUCUGCAGUGCAGCACGAUUGCGAUUCUUCAGUUCACCAGAAUCUUACUCUAGUGUGGGUGAGAGAGCAACUCAUCCUGGAUACCAUGAUGCUGCGGGUCCUCCUUCCCAUCUGCAUCUGUCCUCUUUUUGGGAAACAGAACAUCGUUCCUGUAGCAGAGAGCGCUGAUGUGAGGCUGGUGAAUGGCAGUGGCAGCUGCUCUGGGAGGGUUGAGGUUUAUCAUGAUGGCCAGUGGGGGACAGUGUGUGAUGAUAAGUGGAACACGACAGAUGCCCAGGUUGUGUGCAGAGAGCUGGGCUGUGGCGUCGCUGUGUCUGCUCCAGGAGAUGCACAAUUCGGACAGGGGAGUGGAACAAUCUGGCUGGAUGACGUAGCGUGCCACGGAUCAGAGACCUCACUGCACAGCUGUGGAUCACAAGGAUGGGGAAAACACAACUGCGGUCACAAUGAGGACGCUGGAGUGGUUUGCUCAGAGAGCGCUGAUGUGAGGCUGGUGAAUGGCAGUGGCAGCUGCUCUGGGAGGGUUGAGGUUUAUCAUGAUGGCCAGUGGGGGACAGUGUGUGAUGAUAAGUGGAACACGACAGAUGCCCAGGUUGUGUGCAGAGAGCUGGGCUGUGGCGUCGCUGUGUCUGCUCCAGGAGAUGCACAAUUCGGACAGGGGAGUGGAACAAUCUGGCUGGAUGACGUAGCGUGCCACGGAUCAGAGACCUCACUGCACAGCUGUGGAUCACAAGGAUGGGGAAAACACAACUGCGGUCACAAUGAGGACGCUGGAGUGGUUUGCUCAGGUGUGAUGACAAAGCCAUCAGUCUCACUGCAGUCCAGUUACCCUUCAUUUCGACCUGGUGAAGUUGCCCCAUUCACAUGCACUGCUCCCUCCAGACUCUACACAAGCAUUGAUUUCUAUUUGUACAAAAGCGGUUCUGGAAACUACAGCGCGAAACAGAGUGCUGGAUCUCCACAGACCAGCGUGACUGUCACUGUGACUGUCGUCUCCGAGGCACAGCAGGGGAGCUACAGCUGUGUGUAUAAAGUGCAGGAUAGAACAGAGAGCUUCAGCUCCCCUCAUAGUGACCCUGUACACAUCACAGUGGUGAAUCUGAAGCAGCCGAAUAUCUCUCUCAGCCUGGCUGCCAGUGCUGUUACGAGAGGAGACAGUUUCAAUAUCACCUGCAGCUCUGCUGAGCAGCACACAGAGGGCACCUUCUACCUCUUCAGACUCCCUGCAGGGUUCAAUGAGAGUUGGAGCCUCUCUGCACCAGCCAGCAAUCAGUCUGCCCUGUUCAGCUUCCAUGCCGCAGACUCCACACACAAGGGCAAUUACUCCUGCCGGUAUCAGAGCCGGGUAUCAGGGAGAGUGUUUGAAUCCCCGCUGAGCGAGCUGCUCUGCAUCACACUCACAGAGUCAGUCCUGGUUCCAGUGGUGGCUGCUAUGAGUGUGGCCGCGCUGCUGCUGCUGCUGGUUCUCAUCCUCGCGCUCCUGAGAUGUAAAAAGAGAAGGACAGAGAGCAGCCAGGAGGGGUUGAGCUCUGCAGUCAAGAUGGAUACAUACAUUUCUAAAGGCGCUGGUAAGCUGCUCACUGAGGACACUGAUGCAAACUACAUGAAUGUGGAGUUUGAUACAGACGCCAGCGGUGACAUGGACUAUGAAAACUGUGACUUUGGAAGCAUGCACGGUAGCAGGGGCGGGGCUGAAGAUGAUGAUAUCUAUCAGAAUUUUAGCUAACAGUAAACAUUCUUUUUUUGCCAGUAUAGAAAUAACCACUAGGGGUGCUCUCAAGAAUUUCCUCUUGAAAGUUUGCUGAAAAUUGACUCACUGUUUCAGGAAGGGAGUAAUCACCUGUCCGGUCUGCUCAGACAUAGUGCACCAAAAUAUGCUGUUGACAGUAACAUAAAAACAGUAUUAGCUCAUUAGAAUAAUAUUUCUAGACUGUAUUCAUUAAAUGCUAUUUUUUAACCACAGGGACUGCUUCUGCAAAGACUGCUAACAGCAGCUGUUCUGCAGGGAGGAAGUGGUUUUAGAAAUGACUACUAAAGGGCACCUCUGUGCCCUCCACAAAUUAAUAAAUAAGAACAUACCUGUAAAGAGAUCAUUUCCAGAGGCAAACCGUGCUGCUGCUUAAUAUUGUAAUGUACACAGGGCAACCUUAUCUUAUGUAAUGUUUGAUAUAUUGGUUUAAUAUUGUAAUGUACACAGGGUAACCUUAUCUUUCUAUUUGUUUUAAGUAUGCACCUGUAACUUGUAUGUUAAUUUGUUUUUAACCAAUUUUAACAGUGGGAGACGGUGGCAGUGGGUUAGAGCAUGUGGGAUUGAUUCAGGAAUAUAUAUUUAUAGUGUUACACACAUAUCGCUUUCCUUUUUAUAUUAAUAUGCACUUGGUUUGGUUUCCUUCACUGAAUAUGUAAUCACUGUGUGUGCUUUAUUACAUUAUUCUGAUUUUGUGCUUAUUUUGUGCAAAUUCUUUUCUUUUUUUUAAAGAAAAAUAUAAAGUCUACUUUGCAGUACACACAUCAAAUUCUUCAAUGAACUUCAAUGAAUUCUUCCCAAUUCAACCCAAUUCCUUUAGAACUUGCCAUGUUUUCAUCAUAAAAAAUAAAAAAGAAGUCUAA